AUGCCUGAAGUCCCCUCAGAGGAGCCCGAAGAUGACAGUGGUUUUGACACGACUGUGUGCCAUGCAGCUGAUCUUAGGGCUGGUGACUCUGACCCUUCAGUAGCUGUCGUGGAGGCCCAGGUGACCAGUCAGGUGGGUGACACUGGACCCAAAUCCCCUGAUGAGGAGUCAACAGAUAAGGCAGGGCCUAAUGUAGUGGCAGGCAGCAGCUCAGAGGAGGCAGGGACAUCACAGGGAAAACAGGGGGUGAAGUUUUCUCUGUGUAGUGUGGUUGUGGAGGCAGAGAAGUUCUCCGAGCACCUCUCUGACCACCACGCUGAAGAGAGGUGUGACACCUGUGGGGCCAGGGUCCAGGGUGCUGUUGGACUCCUCCAACACAUUGAGUCCAACCAUUAUGGGGCCCUGUUGGCUCCACGUGUCAGCCCUUCAAAAAGUCCCACACCAUCUCCACAGCUGGCGCCACCUCUGCAGCACUUGCCGUCUCCACUGCCAGCAUCAGUGUCUCCAUCCCUGCAGCCCACUCCAUCCCCACGCCACUCUCCAGCUCUACAGCCCUCACCACCACCACCACGGCCCACUCCGUCCCCACGGCCCACUCCAUCCCCACGCCACUCUCCAGCUCUACAGCCCUCACCACCACCACGGCCCACUCCAUUCCCACGCCACUCUCCAGCUCUACAGCCCUCACCACUACCACCACGGCCCACUCCGUCCCCACGGCCCACUCCAUCCCCACGCCACUCUCCAGCUCUACAGCCCUCACCACCACCACCACUACGGCCCACUCCAUCCCCACGCCACUCUCCAGCUCUACAGCCCUCACCACCACCACAGCCUACUUCAUCCCCACGGCCCACUCCACCCCCACACCACUCUCCAGUUCUACAGCCCUCACCACCACCACCACGGCCCACUCCAUCCCCGUGGCCAUCUCCAUCCCCACGCCAAUCUCCAGCUCCACAGCCCUCACCACCACGGCCCACUCCGUCCCUGCAGCCCACUCCAUCCUCACAUCCAGCACCCUCACUGCCCACACCACCUCUGCCUCAGGCUGUUACUGAUUGGGAAAGCUUUCUUCUUAGUCAGUUCAAGAGAGUCCUCCAGCCAGCAGAUUGGGUGUGGAUUGCCAAGUGCCUCUAUGAGCCCACAGGACAGCUGAGGCAGAAGAUCCAGGAGAACUGGUUUUAUCCACCGAUGCAGCCCAAGCCGUCUCCUCCUGAGCCCGGGUGGUACUUCCGACAGAGGAUGUUCUUGUGGGCACCAAUGAGGAUGUGGGGCAUUCCUCUUAAAUGUCCACAGUGUGGCCGUAAGAUGCACCAUUCAGGGAUCUACCCGAAGGUCAGGGAGGUGAUCGACAUGGAUAGCCGCUACUACCUGGUGGGUGGAGACUAUCCACGCUGCAGUGUAUGACGGUUGCCAGUAUGCCCAUGGAGCAUUUUACAACUGGAUGUGGCAAACAGGACACUGUUUCCAGCAGUGCUGACCACUCAGCUAGCCCUAGACAGGACAUGUGUGACCUUCCUCAGGCCAAGGACCAGCGGCAACAGUUCCUCCUACCUCCAGUCAGCAGUAGAGGAAGUCCACAGUGAGGAGUGGGCACGACGGACCAUCCAGUACCUCUCUGACUGUGAGCAUCAUUUUAGAAAGGUUGCCCUGGUCCAAUCUGCAACGGCACCUUCCUUUUCUGCACCUGCACCCUUCAGGCCGCUUCCACUCGCCCAGUGGUUUGAGACUGUCCACUCCAACGACAUCCUCAGCCACGUGGACGAGAUGAAGGGGGUGAUUACCUCCACCUAUGGCCGA